AGCUGCUCUCCCCGCACCGUCUGACCGCGCGACAUGGGUCUGGAAAAGGAGAAAUCGGACACCAGCAUCAUUAUGGACGAAGACGAGUUUAACAGGUCGAUAGAGCCCAUUCUGUCGAAGAAGGGGAAGCUGUACACGGCGGCGCCGGACCGAGAUCCAAACGACAUCAACGCGCACUUGAAGGUCGGUUUUGAAGAUGUCAUCGCGGAGCCCAUCUCCUCGCACAGCUUCGACAGAGUGUGGAUCGGAAGCCACGCCGCCUUCGAGCUGGUCAAAUUCAUGUUUUACCGCGUGCUGACCACGCUGCUGGCCGUGCCCAUGGCUUUCAUCCUCGGGGUGGUGUUCGGGGUGCUCAGCUGCAUCCACAUCUGGUUGGUGAUGCCGGUGAUCCAGAGCUUCUUGAUGCUCCUACCAUCGGUCCAGGUGGUGUGGAGGAGCCUGACGGAUAUGUUCGUAACUCCGCUCUUCCACAGCAUGGGAAAGUGCCUGUCCUCCGUUCACGUGAAGACCAGCGAGAACUGACGCAGACACCUCUUUGAAACGUAGGACAGACUGAAGUCAAAGGAUGAAAAAAGAGCGAACGAUGCUUGCUGUGGAACACAUGAGCUCUUUAUAAAGUAAAAUAGGAAAUCCAGAAGAGUCCUGCACAUAGUACUUUACACAUAACUAUUGAUACAUACAGCCGUAGAUAAACAAAUAAUUGGGAUGAACAUUUUACAGAUAUUUAUGUUAAGUAUAAUUGAAUAUGCAUCAAAGUUUAGUUGGGACCUGAUAAAACAUAGAAAUGUAGUCAAUAAAUGUUGUUAAAACGUACAAACAUUUACUUUAAAUCAAGUGUACCCCUUUCUGUCCUUUAGCCUGCAAAUCAAUAAAUCCACAAGGUCAGUUACGAUUUAUUAGUCACAUCGACGAGGGGAAGUAAAUGGUUGUGACGCUAUUUUGGACUUUAUAAGAAGCUUGUGUGCACCACCAAACAUGGAGUUGUUUUGCUGAUUGUGACCAAAAAAAAAUUCUUGUCAUUCCAUUUUAUUUUGUGGCUGAGAGAAUCAGCGGAGAGGAGUGUAACAUUGUUGUUAGGCCAAACAUACUGCAGACUGGCUGAGAGAUGUAAUAUUUCUGCUUUUUUUGUUUUUUACAUAUAUAUAUAUAUUGUAUAUAUUGCAGAUCAUUCAGCUAGAAGUUGAAUGUGUGAACUAAAUCAGAGCAGAUAAUCUGAAGAGAACUUCAUAUGAAUAUUAAGUGCUAAGAUGCAGCUUGUUGCACAUUUCCAGGCUUAUUUCACUGUAACUGCUGCGUUGAGUUCACAGUGCAUCUGCAAUAAUAUUGGGCAUUUGCUGUUAUAUGAACCUUUAUAAUGCAAAAUAGAGUCGCUUCAAAAUGUUACUGAACCGUGUCGGAAUACAGGAUUGAUAUUAUCGAAGGCUUUCAUAUUUAUUAAUUACACAACGAUACCUUCAGUGUGGUGAAGUCGUAACACAUAUCCUGCUCGAGACUCGUACUCACUUUAGAGCUGCUUGUUGCUCCGGCACUGCUAGUCAGUGGGCUUGGAGUCCUUCUCCCUCAUUUGCAGUGGAUUUGAUGCAGUUGAGUUUUAGGUACAAGCCUGCCCAGUUCCCACUCGCUGUCAGCUUUAGAAUCUCAGCUUUAGAGAGCAUUACAGUCAGUGAAGAUUUCACGAAGGUGAGUGUCAAGUAGAUACUGAUUCUGGUGAGAUUUCCGCUUUUCUAUCUGUGCAUUUUCUAUUGUGUCAGUGGUCCAGAGCCACCUGUUAAAAAACAGCAGACGUGGAGCAGCACUCGCCGUCAUAUGGAGAGCUCCUGUCACCCAUUUUACUUCGGAGAAAAAACAUCUGACUGUUUUGCAACCACUGUGUCACUUCUAUUAGAAGCUACUUGCUAACGUUGUCUUCAGUUUACUGCUGGGCGGGUCGAGUGCGGUGGGUUUAUCAGUGCUCCUGCUCUCUAAAAACUACUGCCUCUUAAAACAGGGUUGACGAGAUCACAGAGAUCGAACCAAACGGACAAACUGUUGGACCAAAAUAAUGGGCUAAAAUUGGCUAAAAAGCUUGGCUGCAGAUUUAGUCAUUCUUUUAUUAUAGUUUAUCCCAGCAUGUUACUCCAGUAGUAGGUGGACAAAUGAUCACUGGACUAAAUUAUGGAUUGUCAUAAAGUUGGCAUAAGAUAAUGCAGAAUAUAGGAGACAUUGCGUUGCUGGCUAACACGCUUUCACUGAUGUAAGACCGCUGACAAGCGGCCAGUCAAUAGAGCUGUUUGGUUUUUCACCUUUCAGAGGAAAUUCAAAGUAGGGUUGUGCAAUAGUCAAAGACACAGGUGUGCGGCCCAAACCUUUUUUUUUUCUCCUCAGCAAUCCCACAUAGCAGCCUCAGCUCAGCUCAGCCUCAGAGUUAUUUAUCCAUUUUAGUCAAAUAAAUGAUAAUGUUGACAUGCAUCUGUCAGUCAAAAACACUAAAACAAGUGCUUUUUUCUCAGUCAUUUCUAACUGUCACUGCACAAUUUUGGAAAUUUGUUCGCCACAACCAAAAUAAAGACUUGUUUCCCCCCUCCA